AUGUUAGCCUAUGAAUUGAGAGUGUAUAAUGCUACUUCUAAAGCUAUUGUGACUAGAUUAGGCUGUCACCAAGUUCCGUUCCGAGUUAAACAACGAGAUUGUGUCUAUGAUCUGAUUUGUCUGCCGAUGACUGGUCUUGAUCUCAUUUUGGGAUUGGAUUGGUUAUCUAAGAAUCGCGUUAUGCUUGAUUAUUUUGAACGGUCGUUGCAAUUUAUUUCGGAAGGGUCGGAAGGACCGGUUAUGGCGAAGGGUUACUAUCUGAACUCCGUUAUAAUAAACUCUAAUGGGUGUGAAUGUCAGGGUGUUAUGCUAUUAGCUGCAAAUGUGUUGGGAAAGAAGCAAAGUUUAGAUCGGAUUCCGAUUGUGAACGAAUUUCCUGAAGUAUUUUCAUUCGACAUUCCCGAAUUUCCUCUUUCUCGAGAAAUUGAAUUUGCGAUUGAGUUGGUGCUUGGAGCUGGGCCAAUCUCAAUUUCUCCUUAUCGAAUGCCGCCAUUGGAAUUAACUGAACUUAAAUCUCAGCUGGAAGAAUUAAUGAGUAAAAAUUUCAUCUGA